GUUCACUACCCGAAAAACUACAACCAUGUAGGGGGAGGGUUGGGCUAGGUAGUGGGUGAAUGGGUUAGGCUGUGGGGAGAGAUUUGGGUUUAGAGAGUAUGGGCCGUGGGCUGGGCAGGUAGGAGGGAUUGUGUGAAUAUGGGCUAUUGUGGAAGUGGGCCUGGGCAAGGGAGUUGGGCUGCUUGGGCCGUGGCCCAAGGAUGCCGCGUGAGGGGGAGGGAAAAAUCCAGGGGAGGCCCGAUGGUUGCCGCUGAUGUCCGCCGCCGCCACGACCUCGAUCGCGGCCCCUGCCGCGGUUGCCACAGCCACUGCCGCCGCCCGAGGGCCUGCCGCGACCGCCAUAGCCGCCGCCAGAUCCUCCGCCAAAGUUGCCGCCGCUCCUAGAUCCACCGUAGCCGUUGCCUCGAUCUUGCCAAUGUGCGCCGCCCCCAUGUCUGCCGCCACAGCUGGAACUAAAAAGGUCUGUGGACGGCGUGCCGGCACCAUAGAGGGUGUAGGUUUGCUGAUGUUCAACGAGGAGCAAGGCGGAUCGAACUUCCAAGAACGUGGGGAGCGGAUUUUGAUAUUGCAAAAAUUGGACAUGACUGCGGAUGUCGUGGGGGAGGCCUUGUAGAACUUGGAGUACAAGGGCAUGUUCGGUGACCGGUAAGAGGAGGUGGGAGGAGGUAACGUUACCUCGGAACAGUGAAAAAUGGGACGAAUCGGCGGUCAAAGGAGGUAAAACUAAUUUUUCCCGUUUUGCCCUUCUCCUAUAUCACACCUCUUCUUCUUCAACAGACUCAAUCCUCUGCUGCUCAAUUCUUCAUCUCUAGUGCUGCAACUCUCCCACGUAGAUCUCUACAAUCAACAGAUCCAGAUGCUCUUCGUAGAAAGCAACCUUUGAGUGUUGAGGAGGCUAGCAUUCUUCACGACAGUCUCAUCUUCUACACAGCUCUAGAAGGACUAAAUCUACUUGAGAAGUUGCAUAUGACCAUUUUUUAUAAGAAAUUGUAUGAGCCAACAGAAAUUCAGAACGCCAUCAAUACCUUGCAUGCCACGGAUGAUUAUUGUGAAAUGCUCUUGGAUUGGCCUACAAGGGAAGAGUUUGUACUUACAAGAGCUUUAGGGAUGUAUUCGGAGAUAUCGUGGGUGAGCUACGAGGAGUGUUGGUUUACAUGCUAAACAAGGACCCAACUUUUAAUCCCCAUGAAAUCCAUACCAUCAAGAUGUUCUUUGAUUCCUCCGUGAUGAGAAACGAUGAUGUGGAGGUGUCCUCAAUUCUAGUGCAAAGGAUGGCAAAAAAAGCUACACAUGCAUCUCAACCUGCAGGAACAUCAACGUGAGAACAGAUGACAUAAUUGUUGCAAUCCCACUAUGUUCGAAACUUAUCUUUUGGCAUAAUUGUUGUUGCAUUACACUGUUAUUUCCUACUACUAACUACUUU